CUAAGAAUAAUUCCAUCCAACCAAAGAAAGGGAUACGCUUUGUGGUUAGAAUCAAGGACAAACUUGUCUGGAUAAGUUUUCUCACCUCCCAAACACCCCCUCAUUUUCCCACCACUAGUUUCUCACAUGGAUAAAGCACAACACAUGGCAAUCACACAUUGGCCAACACCCAGCUUGGGAUAAGAUAAUGAAUCCAUGAAUCCUCCAUUGGCCAAUUGGCCCUCCCUUCUUUUCAAAACUUCCACAUUCUUCACAAUUUAACAACUUCAAACAUCAACCAAAAAAACCUAUCUGUCCAAGCUCAAAAAACAGUUGGCACCAAGAGCUCAGAAACAAUGGCUUCAGUCACCAUGACAUCCUCCUUCCUUGGUGGUGCGUGCUUGGCCGACCGCUCUCCCGCGGCAGCCGCCAGGCGGAGGCUGGUGGUGGUCAACUCGGCCAGGGCGGCAGCCGCCGAGGGGGAGAAGGUGAAGCUGAACUAUGAUGCCAAGAAGGAGGCCAACAAUGGGAGGAGGGAGCUGGUGUUUGCUGCUGCAGCUGCUGCUGUUUGCUCUGUUGCAGGCAUUGCCAUGGCGGGUGAGCCAAAACCCGGGACACCGGAGGCCAAGAAGAUCUAUGCUCCGAUCUGUGUCACCAUGCCGACAGCAAAGAUCUGCCACAAGUGAGGAUCAUGUGUUUGUUUGUGGUUUUUCUUGAUUGGUUGGAGUUGAACAUCCUAUUGUAGUAUGUACUUGGAACCUUGAAUUGUUAAGACCUUGUUUCAUCUA